ACACAGAACUGAAGCAAAGGAGUAUCUGGAUGUCUUGGAUUUUCUUCCCAUUCUGUUCUGUUCUGUUCUCAUAAUACCAUCUCGUUACUAGACGUAGGCAUUGGACGUGACAAUCAACUGCAUUUGAACUGAGAAGAAGAAAUAUUAAAGACACAGUCUUCAGAAGAAAUGGCUCAAAGGCAGCCUCACUCACCUAAUCAGACUUUAAUUUCAAUCACAAAUGACACAGAAUCAUCAAGCUCUGUGGUUUCUAACGAUAACACAAAUAAAGGAUGGAGCGGGGACAACUCUCCAGGAAUAGAAGCAUUGUGUGCCAUCUAUAUUACUUAUGCUGUGAUCAUUUCAGUGGGCAUCCUUGGAAAUGCUAUUCUCAUCAAAGUCUUUUUCAAGACCAAAUCCAUGCAAACAGUUCCAAAUAUUUUCAUCACCAGCCUGGCUUUUGGAGAUCUUUUACUUCUGCUAACUUGUGUGCCAGUGGAUGCAACCCACUACCUUGCAGAAGGAUGGCUGUUCGGAAGAAUUGGUUGUAAGGUGCUCUCUUUCAUCCGGCUCACUUCUGUUGGUGUGUCAGUGUUCACGUUAACAAUUCUCAGCGCUGACAGAUACAAGGCAGUUGUGAAGCCACUUGAGCGACAGCCCUCCAAUGCCAUCCUGAAGACUUGUGUAAAAGCUGGCUGCAUCUGGAUCGUGUCUAUGAUAUUUGCUCUACCUGAGGCUAUAUUUUCAAAUGUAUAUACUUUUCGAGAUCCCAACAAAAAUAUGACAUUUGAAUCAUGUACCUCUUAUCCUGUCUCUAAGAAGCUCUUGCAAGAAAUACAUUCUCUGCUGUGCUUCUUAGUGUUCUACAUUAUUCCACUCUCUAUUAUCUCUGUCUACUAUUCCUUGAUUGCUAGGACCCUUUACAAAAGCACCCUGAACAUACCUACUGAGGAACAAAGCCAUGCCCGUAAGCAGAUUGAAUCCCGAAAGAGAAUUGCCAGAACGGUAUUGGUGUUGGUGGCUCUGUUUGCCCUCUGCUGGUUGCCAAAUCACCUCCUGUACCUCUACCAUUCAUUCACUUCUCAAACCUACGUAGACCCCUCUGCCAUGCAUUUCAUUUUCACCAUUUUCUCUCGGGUUUUGGCUUUCAGCAAUUCUUGCGUAAACCCCUUUGCUCUCUACUGGCUGAGCAAAAGCUUCCAGAAGCAUUUUAAAGCUCAGUUGUUCUGUUGCAAGGUGGAGCGGCCUGAGCCUCCUGUUGCUGACACCUCUCUUACCACCCUGGCUGUGAUGGGUAGGGUCCCGGGCACUGGGAGCAUACAGAUGUCUGAAAUUAGUGUGACCUCGUUCACUGGGUGUGGUGUGAAGCAGGCAGAGGACAGAUUCUAGCUUUUCAAGGAAAAACGCUGCUUCUCCUCCCAGCGUGUGUAUCCGACUCUAAGCUGUGUGUAGGUGUAUGGUGUCCAGAUUUUUGUUGUUUGAAAAGUGUGUUGAAAUCUUAGGAGUGAAGGAUCCCUAUAAGUAAGUAAAAUACAAACCAUUACUUUCUUCAAAGUACAAAUAGUAAUGUCAUCGGGCUUUCUAAAUAAAAUGAAGCCCCACUAAGUGCAGAAAGACAAGUUUAUAUAUGCCAGUGAAUCGUAAGGGAAGUCGAAUGGGAAGGAAGGUGUAAUAAACAAAAUGAAACUUAAAAAUCUCAUGUGUUGUUUAAUCAUAUCUGCGAUGCUUCUAAUUCCUCAUAUACUGUGAUUUGCAUAAAAUUGUGUUUGUGUUUACUGUGUGGUGUAAAUCUAGAGAUACUUUGUAUGUGAAAAGGGGAUCACAAAAGAGAGAAAGCAUCUCUUAGGCUAUUUUCUUAAAAAUAAACCUUCACAGAAUGGCUGCCCUUUUCCAUUAAUCUGUAUUCCACUGUAGCUGAAUCUGUGCAGUUGAAAUGAAAAUGUUUUGGAGCCAGCGAAUAUAAAGCACUGAGUAAGGAUCUGGGGCACAGUGCUUGCCUUACUGGGUCAACACUUACAACUGCCAUAGAUUAAUAACUGGGCUAAGUUAUCAUUCAGAAAUAUUGUUAGAAACUUGCCUUAUUCAUAGGCAGAAUAAGUGGCCAUGUUUACGGUGUCAUUUGAGGACCCCUGUUGAAAAAUCUGCAAACCUGCCACGGUGACUGAAAUUCUUCCUUUACAGAAGUUCGUUUCUUUCUGGUAAGCAGUGCCCUCUUUCUAAAAACAUGCAGAAGUACCAUAUGAAAUCCCUAACCCCUGGGUGUGCAAUUGUGAUCAGAUCAUCUUCCUACUUGACUUUAUUAAACCCGAUGGGAGGCUAAGUCCUGUAAGUGUAUGGCCUAAUUAAUCUCUGCCCAUGGAAAUCAGAUGGAAAGUUCUGAUUUUCUAUCCUGUGCUCCUACCUGCUAACAUCAUUCACUUGUUAAUAAUUAUUGUUUUUUUUAAAAAAAAACUCUUGUCAAUAGACGUGUCAGAUUUAGAUCUGUGGUUUCAGAAAAAUUUUUGGAGCAAAUUUAAACAUGUUUGGCACUAUAGGUAAAUUUGUAUUUAAAAAAAAAACUUAAUGUUUGAGUGUGCUUUUGGUAAUGCUGAGCUUUCUUUAAAUGGCGUGUGGAGUCAUGAACAUUUGCUAAUGAUGUGGCUCCAAAAGGUAAUACAUAUUAACAUUAGACUUUAACUUUCUGUAAAAUUGCUUUACUUAAAGUGUGUGGGGGGCGAUACUGUAUUAGUAUUGUUUUAAAGUGGACACUGUAAUAAGUGUGGAAAAACAAAUAUGAAAUAAAGUUUUAAA